AUGCUUGGCAAAAUCGCACUCGAAGAAGCCUUCGCGCUCCCCAGGUUCGCCGAAAAGACCAAAUGGUGGGCUGGGAUGUUCUCCACAGAUACAGCCAAACACACUGCAGAGAUCAAUGAUGUUGGCCCUAUCCGACUGGACUUUGCAGAGAAAUACGGUGUCGGUCUCCAGAUUCUCAGUUACACUGCACCAGGUGUGCAAGAUAUUUGGGAUGCCAAAGAUGCGCAGAGUCUCGCCGUUGAAAUUAACGACUACAUCGCCGCGAAGGUGAAGGCUAACCCGGACCGAUUUGCUGCGUUCGCUACACUAUCCAUGCACGACCCGCAAGAAGCGGCCGACGAGCUGCGCCGCUGCGUGACACAGUACGGAUUCCUCGGGGCGCUGGUGAAUGACACACAGAGGGCGGGCGAGGACGGGGAAGACAUGAUCUUCUACGAUAACGAGAAGUGGGAUGUCUUCUGGCAGACGUGUACGGAGCUCGACGUGCCUUUGUAUCUGCACCCUCGCAACCCGACAGGUACUAUUUACGAGAAGAUGUGGGCUGAUCGAAAGUGGUUGAUUGGGCCACCAUUGUCAUUUGCCCACGGAGUCAGUCUGCACGCUCUUGGAAUGGUAACGAACGGGACCUUCGAUCGGAACCCCAAGUUGCAGGUGAUUCUUGGUCAUUUGGGGGAGAGGAUUCCCUUUGAUAUGUGGAGAAUUAACCACUGGUUUGAGGAUCGCAAGAAGAUGCUUGGGCUGCAGGAGACGUGUAAGAAGACUAUCCGGGAAUACUUUGCGCAGAAUUUGUGGAUUACCACGAGUGGACAUUUCUCGACUACUACGUUGAAUUUCUGUAUGGCUGAGGUUGGCGCUGAUCGCAUUCUAUUCUCGAUUGACUACCCCUUCGAGACCUUCGAGGAUGCUUGCGAUUGGUUUGACAAUGCGGAGAUGUCGAACACAGACCGAGUGAAGAUUGGAAGGGAAAAUGCUAAGAAGCUUUUCAAGUUGGGGCCUUACAAGGACAGUGAAGCUUAG